UGAAAAUGGCGGUGGGCAGAGAUCAACGCUAGAAUUAAACACACAAAUAACCAUUUGAAUCGGAUGACAGCGUCACUGCAAGCCCGUACAUGUAUACAGAAUUACAUUAGCGUCAACUGCUUGCAUUUACGACGACAAAAACACGGAGUUUCAUGGAGAUAAACAGCGCACUGGAUUUAAAAUAGCUCCUGAAAUUAGCCCGCUAACCUCGUUAGCUUAGCUAACAUUCAACUGGAAGAGUCAACGGCCACAACAGCACCACAUUAACGGAAUUAGUAUGUCAGAAUAAGACAGAAUUUAGCUUUAGAUCUCACAUUCAAGCUCGGCCGUGGGCGCUGGGCUUGUAGAAAUAUUUGCAUCUGACUGAAUGCAUAACUAAUCGCCCCAUUUGGCAGAAUAAGCCAGCAAACACCAUCCACUAGACUUCCUAAAGUUCAGCGAGCAUCUGCUAGAGGAAAACAGACUGAAAAGGUUGCAUUGAGCAUCCAUUACCUCCUGCCUCCACCUGUGGGAUGGUUCUGCAUGACAGGGAGGGUAUGGUACUGUAACCCCUUCUCCGUCCUCCAGUUCCCAUCCCAUAAACUCAGUGGAUCACAGCCAUAUAGUGUUCUUCUCAAUGAGUAUCCCUCUGGAGCCCUAGAUCAAGUUACUCUGGGUGUCCAUAUUCCGCUGCCUCCCCCCGUUGGGAUGGUUCUGCAUGACAGGGUGUGGCGCUGUAGCCCCCUCUUCUUGAGAUCUCGCCCAUCUCAUGAAUCCAGUGGACCACAGCCAUAGUGUUCCCCUCAAUGAGCAUCCCUCUGGAGCCCUAGAUCAAGUGUGCAUAUGCUCAAAAUGAGUGCUGCAGGGGACGGUGCUCUUGACCCCAACACCACUGAGUUACGGAAGAGGAAGGGCACGCCAUGUGACACCUCUGGUCCAAGUGUGGAGAAGCGACGGCGAGAGCUGGAAUGCCGCUACAUUGACGAACUGGCUGAGCUGCUGUCGGCCAACAUGAACGACAUUGCCAGCCUGAAUGUGAAGCCGGACAAAUGCCACAUCUUAAAGAGCACCGUGGACCAGAUCCAGCAGAUCAAACGGCGUGAGCAGGAGAAAGCAGCUCUGAUGUCUCCAGUUGAUGAGGCGCAGAAGAGUGACAUAUUGUCCAGCAGUCAGGGCAUGGUGGAGAAGGAGGCCCUUGGGCCACUCCUCUUGGAGGCCCUGGAUGGCUUCUUUUUCGUCGUGAACCGUGAGGGGCGUGUUGUGUUUGUGUCUAAGAACGUUACCAGUUAUCUGGGUUACACCCAGGAAGAGCUGAUGACCUCCAGCGUCUACAGCAUCCUUCACGUGGGAGAUCACAACGAGUUUGUACGUAACCUGCUACCCAAAAGCCUUGUGAACGGUGUGCCGUGGCCUCAGGAGCAAGGCCGGAGGAACAGCCACACGUUUAACUGCAGAUUACUGAAAAGGCCUCCAGACGAGGUUGACUCAGAUAAUCAGGAGGCCCGGCAACAGUACGAGCUCAUGCAGUGCUUCACGGUCUCUCAGCCCAGAGCAGUGCAGGAGGAGGGCGAGGACCUGCAGAGCUGUUUGAUCUGUAUAGCAUGCCGAAUGCCCCGUCCACCACCAAUCCCUGUCAGUACGGAGUCCUUCAUCACCAAGCAGGACCCUACAGGGAAAAUCAUCUCGAUUGAGACGGGUGCUCUGAGGGCCACAGGCCGACAAGGCUGGGAGGACCUGGUCAGGAAGUGCAUCUACGCGUUCUUCCAGCCUCAGGGCAACGAGCCCUCCCAUGCCAAGAAGCUGCUUCAUGAGGUGAUGACCCACGGCACAGCCAUCAGUCCUCUGUACCAUUUCACACUCAGUGAUGGGACGCCCCUCAGUGCGCAGACGCGCUGCAAAUUCUGCUGCCCCCCAAACCCAGACGUACAACCCUUCAUCAUGGGCAUUCACACUAUAGACAGGGAACACAACACUGCUAGCUCUCAGGAAAACACAACCCCCAGCCUUCUAUCUGUUGCUGCCCCACCUGCUCGCUCUCCUGCCCUGCAGCCCUCCAGUGACUUCAGCCUACAUCUCAACAACAGCAAUGGCACUUGUGCCACUCCUGGACCCCUCACACCCACUCCACCUGGCUAUCUGACGCCAAGCCGUGUCGUACCCUCCCAGCAGGUCAGCAGCCCCUCGCCACUAGGCAGUCCUCUCACAGCCACCCCUACCUCAUUCAUGUCGCCCCGACCUCCACGGGGCAGCCCGGGCCUGGCCAGCAGCCCUCGCAUGCCCGGCCACCCCUUUUCGCCCUCGGUGCCUGGCAUCCACUCGCCCACUGGCGGUCUAACCAGGCAGCAGUCCAGUGGUGAUGGUGUCGGUUUCUCACUCCCCUCUCCAUUGCCCUCUCGACAGACUUCAACUCCCAGCAGCUCUCCGGCACGUCAGCCUCCAGCCAAACCACCCGAAGUAUCGGCUGACGAGCCUAAGAAUGCUGCGUUAGGCAACCUCAAACUCAACCAGCUCUUGGACGCUAACCUCAGCACGGGCACAGCCAAACACGACUCCUCCCUGCUCCGUCCUUCGCCUGUGGCCCAGUGCCCGGCCUCUCACAGCAGCCUGACUGAGCGACACAAGAUUCUGCAUCGCCUGCUCCAGGACAGCAGCCCUGCAGACACAGCCAAGGAUCCAGAGAUUAAGAAGGAGCCUCCGGCCAGUCCCGGCGCCAUAGCACGGGCGCUGGGGAAGGAGCCGCAGGAUCAUCAGCUGCUGCGUUUCCUGCUGGAUACAGAUGAAAAGGACCUGGAGGAUCUACCGCCUCCAGCCUCCCUCAGCCUCCAGACGGUCAAGGUGAAGUCAGAAAAGAAAGGAAGCAGAGAGAACGUGCCCUGUGCAGCUGCUGCAGCAGCCAACACCAUCUGUGCAAGCCCUGCGACACCUUGCUCGCCUAAAUCCAGUGACAGGCCCAGCCCGCAGUUUCCCAGUAGUGAUUUGGACACUUUGAACCAGCUGUUGCCCACUCUGAGAAGCUCGUUGGGAGGUAAAGCGGUAGAGGAGCCCAGCAAGGAUGACCUUUCCAUUGGGGUGAAUGUGAAAAGAGAGUUGCCAGGAUCAUCAAGCCAAGCAUUCCCUGAUGGCUCCAACCUCAUAAGUCAGUCCUCUUUCGAGUUCUGUGACCCCUCCACACCGAACACGGCUCAGGGUCAAGCCCAGGUACCGGAUCUCGGGCAAACAGACCUGUUUCAGCUACCCAAGGAGAGCAGCAGCCCCUUUGCCAAUCCAAUCAGCCUCAACUCUUUCAACACCAACACGGGUCCGCCCAAGCUGGAGCUCUCUGAUUCUCUGCCGUUCCAACUGGUAGACCCCAUAAACUUCGAUAGCAGUUUGGGUAACCAGACACAGGUCCCUCUGUCCUCUCCUCAAGAGCAGUGUGUUCCAUGUCCGCUGGAUGAAAUGCUCUGUCCACCCACCACUCCCGAGGGCCGUAACGAUGAGAAGGCCCUGCUAGAGCAGCUGGUCACUUUCUUGAGCCGCACAGACGAGAGCGACCUGGCCGAGAUAGACCGAGCACUGGGCAUUGACAAACUUGUUCAAAGUGGAUGCCUCGAACCCGUCACCCAGCCCUGUCCUCAGCCUCCAACUACUGUGCCCAUGGACACCAAACUUCCCAGCUACCCCUCCCAGUUCCCAACCUCACCCUCACAAUUCUCUGCUGAGAUGGGUACAACACAGGGCAUAAGUUUCGGGGCCCCACGGAUGGCAUUUCCAGGAAACAUGAGCAUAGCGGUGCGGCCCGGCAUGAACCGAGCUCUUGGCGUGCCCAACCAGCUGCGGCUGCCACCCAACCAGUUGAGACUCCAGCUCCAGCAACGUCUUCAAGGCCCACAGCAGCUCCAGAACAGGCUCGCUGCCAUGGGCCAGUUCCCACAAGGGGGGCAUGUUGCCAUGGGUAUGCGUCAGAGCAUGCAGCAGCCUCAGAUGCCCUCUCAGCCUCCACUCAAUGCUCAAAUGAUGGCCCAGCGCCAGCGAGAGCUGUACAGUUUCCAGCACCGCCAGCGGCAGAUUCUGCAGCAGAAGGUCAUGCUGAUGAGGCAAGGUUUGAACACUGUGGGAGCUCAGCGAGUUCCCAAGGGCCCCCAGCAGCAACAGCCACAGCAGCAGCAGUUUGGCUAUCCACCAGGCUACAACGCAGUACCUGGGAACACCCCUACCUCUCCGAGCCAUUUUAACCCCAUGGGAGGAGGACCUCUGGACCCUAAACUAUCUUCCAGAGGGAGCGUGGGAAACCAAGGCAUUAUGGGAGGCAUUCAAGGGCAAUUUGGAGAGCCUGUGAACACUCCUGUUCAACAGGGGCUUUUCCAGCAAUUUGGGGGGCCUGGCAUGAUCCAGCAAGGAGAUCCAUCCUUUGCUCCUGAGCUUAGUCCAACCAGCCCGCUACUUUCACCACAGAACUCCACCUCCCAGAGUCCUCUGCUCCAGCAAGCGCAACCUCCACCUGGUUAUCAGUCUCCUGACAUGAAGAACUGGCAGCAAGGGGCCAUAGGCAACAACAGUAUGUAUAACCAGGCAGGUCAACCUGCCUCUCAGAGCUUUGGGCAGCAAGGUGUGUAUAACAACAUGAGUAUCACCGUGUCAAUGGCUGGGGGUUCAGGAGCGGUGGGCUCUCUACCUCCCAUAGGAGCAACUGUCAGCAUGGGCAACAAUAACCUUGGCAACGUCACUUCAAUGUGUAACGAUCAGGUACAGCAGGUUCAGGUGUUUGCUGAUGUCCAGUGCACGGUAAACCUGGUGGGCAGCGACUCCUACCUGAACCAGUCAGGGCCCAUUGGAUCCCAGAAGGGCCCGAGUGGGACCCCCACAGCCCAGUCUCAGCAGAAGAGUCUCCUCCAGCAGCUCUUGACCGAGUGAGCCGCCUAACACCUGCCAGAGGACUGUCUCCACAUGUAGAGAUUUUUAAUUCUUCACCUUUGGUUUCUAUACAGUAUAUCUGUCUGCAGGGCCAGUGUCUGGGGCCCAGGCUCGUGAGGUUUCAUAGCCGUUCGACUAAGUGCUCAUUCCUGGUCACCUUUUUAAGUCUGCUUCCUGAAUGGAGAAAAGAUCACGUUCCAAGGAUUUGCCAAGUCUGUAAAAGGACCUGCUGCUUUUUCAGUCGGCUAAAUGUCCUAUCAAGUCAGGCCAACAGUGCAGUGCUUCUUGGAGAGCAGCGCAGCAGCUGAGCUCGGAUUGGUCCGAUUGGAAACUGGGGCAGGCUGUUGCCAUGGUGUGUGCUAUAUUCACGGUAUCGCUCAGUUUCAGCUGGAUCUGUGACUGAUAGGCUCUCCUCAGCAGUGCCUGAUGAUGGGAGAUAUUUCCCACCACUUUUUAUUUGGUAGUCUGUUUUGUUUAGUUUAUUUUUGUCUGGUUUUGUGUUCAGAACAAGCAUAGCCAGGAUGGGAGACUGCUCUGUAGCGCAUAUUUGUCUGCUGCUGGCUUUUCUGGCAAGACUGUUUUGAAACGGCAGGCUUUUUUGUUUCUUAAAUGUCCGACACAUUCCCCCACCCCUCCUCACCCCCAGCAGCUGUGAAUACGAGCCACAUAGGGUCAACUCAGCCUAUCAGUGUUGUUUUGCGGCAAUGUGUUGUGCAGGUUGGUAUUAUAUUGUACAGCACAAACGGACAAAUUUGGGACAAGCUCAUACUUUGCAAUUUGCUUUCAAAGAAAACAUCAAAUUUCUACGGGCAACUCACAUUUUGAAUACAUCAACAUCAUGGGUUUCAAAACAGGUUCUCUUUUUUUAAUAGCAUCGAGAAUCUGUAAAUUUUUUAUUUUAAAAAUUAAUUUUUCAAACCUAGAAGUCGUGUCAACACGGCUGAUUUUAUCCCGGGGGGUUUUGCGUGCUCUCGGCGCAUAUAUCAAGGUCUGAGAGACUCGGAUUUGGAUUUUUAUGAUUGAAAUUGGUUAUCGAAAAUAUGCUUUGAACAUCCCAGUAAAUGUUACAAACCUUCUGUUGCAUUGUACACAGACGCGAACAUCUAGAUUGUACAUUGAUUUUCGUAAUUCCGUUUCAAGGAUGCUCUUGAAAACCACAGGUGCUUUCUCCCGUAUCUGGAGGAGCGAGGUGUUGUUGCAACAUUCGCACCCUCAGCAGCAUUCUCCAGCUCUUAGACUGCUCAUUUGACUACUGUUGCCCAGUCAGACACUGUUCAUCAGCAUUAUAUAAUUUGUUCAUUUACCUACUAGUCAUCCCCUAAUUUGAGUCAUAAAAACACAAUCUCAUCUCUUUUAACCUAAAGGAAUCUGAUAACAUGCAAUAACCUUACAUGAAGUUAAAACAAAAUUAAUUUUCCUUAACGUGAAACGUACAAACAAAAUCAAAAUCUGAUAAUUUUUUGAGAUUUAUCUAAGGUAUCAGAAUGACAAGCCCGUAAAAAAAAGAUUUUGGAAAAGGCAUCACGGAUGUUACUGUGGUCGAAAUUGAUGUCUCACUGUGUGAGUACGAGGUAUUUUGCAAAUCGUACAACAUAAUCAAAAUUGUUUGGGCACUGGAAAAGUGUUGCAUGCACGAAGGUUUCUCUCCUCUCACAUAUUUUCACUCUCCUUUAACAGUGUUCUUUCCUUUAUGACUCAUUUUGUGGAGUUUAAGUGGCAUGUCUUGUGCGUGUGCUCUAUAUACAAAGAAUGGCUCUUUUUCUCCAAUGCUGCACCAGCUUACACUGUCCUUGCGGAGAAAAAAACAAAUGUAAAGUUUUGAAAAGCGGAUCCUCAUUCAUCUAUGAAAUUCAGCCGGCAGUAUGUACUGUUGAGAUUGAGCCACUUUUUGGUGUGUGUGUAUAUAUGUGUAUAUAUAUGUGUAUAUAUGUAUAUAUACG